AUGUCGUGGAUCGCUACAUUUGGUUGUUUCUCGGGCGCUGUUUCUGUGGCCCUGGGUGCUAUUGGCGCGCAUGUGCUGAAGCCACGGAUGACGCCGCAACCUCUUGUGGCGCUGGCUUGGUCACAGCCUCUCAAGGGUGUGGCCUUCUAUGGAGCGUGCGGACUCAUGGCAGGUAUCAUGAUGUUCUGCGGCGUCAUGUACCAGAAUUGUGUGCUUCGACCAGACAGCCCGCUGCGUAAGCUCGGUAUCUUGGGCCCAUUCGGUGGUAUGUCAUUUAUCAUUGGCUGGCUUUUGUUGGCAUACUCCAAGUGUCCUUUGUGA